CGCUUCCUUUCGUUUUCGCUUUGAUGCGUGACUGGCGAGCCUCUCCCAGCUUCCCAAGCCGCUUUGCAACCCGCCGCCGGGCUUUCGGGGUUCGGCCCGCCGCGCACCAGCCGGGAUCAUGGCAGCCGCCUUGCAAGUCUCCCCCGAGCGCCAAGCGCAAGUGGAAUCUUUCAGGAAGAACCUCUGUGCUCAGGCUGAAGAACUGGUUGCCCAGCGUUUCCCAGAAAAGAUUGUGGAGCUAAAUAAUUUUCUGAAGGCCCCCGAACUGAAUGUCUCGGACCUCAUUUCGCUGCGUGCUGAGCUAGACAUCCCUAUUCCGGACCCCAAGAAGGACGAGGAACGCCGGAAGAAAAAGGAAAAAGAAGAGAAGGAUGGGAAGAAAGAGAAGGAGGACGAGGAUAAAGCACCUCCUUGUGGCCCCGUUGCCCACAACGAGAAGAUCACGGCCCUGCUGAACCGCGUCAAGCCGGAGAUCCAGGGCACCAAGGAGAAGAUUAACUUGAUCUCUCUGUGGUUGCAGCUCCAGGUUCCACGGAUUGAGGACGGCAAUAAUUUUGGGGUUGCAGUCCAGGAAAAAGUGUACGAGUUGCUGACUGCAGUUCGAACCAAGUUGGAAGGAUUCCAAACUCACAUCGCCAAGUAUUAUUCUGAACGGGGCGAUGCGGUGUCAAAAGCAGCCAAGAGUCCACACGUGGGUGACUUCCGGCAACUUGUGCAUGAAAUCGACGAGGCAGAGUAUGCUGAAAUCCGAUUCAUGGUCAACGAGCUUCGCAACGUUUACGCUGUAGUCUAUGAUAUUGUCCUGAAGAACUUUGAGAAGAUUAAAAAGCCGAGAGAUGAAAACAAAGGGAUGAUCUACUAAGCGACCAAUCAGAGACCGGGAUGGAAGAGCUCCUGCCACCAAGAACGGAAUAUUCCUGCCGUCUCCUCUACCUGCCAAAUUCCUCCCUCUUACAAAUAAAGAGAUUUUAAAUUUCACAAGAA